UCAGCAGAGGCAGCACGCAGUCUCCUCCCGGUGUAGCCGUGCCACUCGGAGUGAAGAUGUGUGGAAGCAGAAACGAUGACGGAUAAAGCUUCAAACAUCUCAGAGUGGAUCUAAACGUGGACAGGACGCCGUGGCGCGACUCGUUGGUGAGUUUUAGAGGAUGAUUCCCCCGUUUAUGGCACUUUUCAUUCAUAGGAACUAACAGGCUCCGCGGCAAUGUAAGAUUCAUUUGCAGUUCCUGGUGACUUAUGUCGACGAUGUUCCUCUCAUGGUCCAUUAUUGUCUUCGCGGUUGCCUUGCUGGCCGUGCAGCAGUGCGCAGGCGAGAGAUCCUGUGUGCUCAUGGCCAGUGCUGGAGCGGUGGUGCAGCAAGGCUCCAGCUUUGUGGUGUACUGCACCUUCAACCCCACCUGCAAGAUCUCCAGAUCAAUGCACAUGUCCAUCGAUGGCUCCAGCAAAACCGUAAAGCAGACACACCAACAGUUCAACGAGACAACCAUAUCCCUGAGGGUGGAGAACAUUACAGAGAAGAGGACAUACCAGUGUCAUUCUGACUGUAGAUUAGACCCCUGUGGACUGGACAUCUCAGCCGGAUACCCACCAGAUCAGCCCAAAAACAUUUCGUGCAUCUAUAGGAUCCACAAAAAUGAUACCGGAAGUAUAAAUUGCUCCUGGGACAGAGGACGGGAGACUAAUCUUAUGAACUCCUUUGUGGUGUGGGUUAGGACUACAAGUGGAAACCACACAGGAGGACCGGUGCCAAUCUGCAAUGUGUCCAAUAAAGGAACUGAGUCGCCGUCUGCCAAUUUCACUUUGCCCAGAUCAGUCCAGCUCAUGUCAGUGUGGGUUCAAGCUCAGAACUCACUGGGUUCUGCUGAAUCCUCAGCUGUCAACUACACACUCAGUGAUAUCGUGAUGCCAUCGACGCCUGUUGUUGAUCAAGUCGAGUGCUCUUCCAGGAACUGCACCAUCAAAGUGGAGCAGCCUGUAAGGACUCAGCAUCUGCAGAUCCAGUACCGAGAUGAGCAGCAGCAAGAGUGGACAACGUAUCCAGGCUCUGCUGGACUGAUGACUUCAUCCAAGACCAAGCAUAUCUCCUCCUUGAAACCGUGCAGUGGGUACAAUUUCAGAGCCCGGUCCAGAUUCAGCACAGGCCUGUGGAGUCAGUGGAGCUCAACCAUCUCUAACUGCACUGAAGAAGAGGCUCCUGCCGAAGCUUUGGAUGUGUGGCUCAUCCCUGGCCCUGACUUUAGAUCCAUGAGAGUCUACUGGAACAAGUCCAUCAUGACCGUCUGCAGUCGGAGCAUCAAUCUCUAUAUGAUCACAGUUAACGGCAACAACCUGAGUGUUGUCACGAAUGUCAGUGCUGACUUCAACAACCAUUCUGUCCCAUUCUGCACCGACUGUGAAGUGACAGUGCAAGCUGUGAACUCUAAAGGCUCAUCUCCUCCUGCAACCAUAACAACCCGUCACACAAAAGCCAAGCCUCUUCUUGAAGUUCAAGCAACAGCUGACAACCACACCAUCACCAUCUCCUGGAGAAAACCUGAAACUACACCUGCCUAUUAUGUGGUGGAAUGGUACUCGGAGGGCCACAUGUUGGAUGAGGUCAGAUGGGUCAGACUGGACAGGAAUGAAAACACUAUCAUUAUCACAGAUGUUAAACCAUGGGAGUGCUAUGAAGGAGCAAUGUAUGUUUUCUAUAAGAGCUCAGUCAACAGAAACAGCUUUAAACGGAUUGCCACUUUGGAGGCAGCACCAGAGACGGGUCCAUCGGUCCGAGAAAAGGUGGAGGGAAACAAGGUGACAGUUGUUUGGACGGAGCCCCCCAGGCCACAGCGUAGGGGAUGCAUCACAAAGUUUACCAUCUAUCUGCAGAACAGCAAAGGAAACAAGAUGCUUUACUCUGCACAAGCAUCACAGAGGGCGUAUACCAUCGAAGAUCUAUCUCCUGAUUUCUACAGUCUAUGGAUGAGUGCUUCAACUUCAAACGGAGAAGGUCCUGCAGGUCAGAAGAUCAAGUUCUACAUUCUUCAAGAUAACCAGCUCUCCCCUGUGCUGAUGGGUUUAUUCAUACCCGUGAUGGUGCUGUUUACUUUCUGUCUGUGGAAGAGCUCAGCGGUAAAGCAUAGGUUUAAGGAGAUUUUCCAGUGCCUGAUGCCUGAUGUUGUGCCGGACCCUGCAAACAGCAAGUGGGCAAAAGAAUGCACAAAAGAGAAGGGAAAGAUGAAUCUGCAGCUCCCAUCUCACAACUCCAGUUUUACUGACCUGGAAAACGAGACCAUUUUGGUAGAUGUGGAGGAGCUCUGCAGACAGAUCGGUGACUCUUCCACAGCCAGGAACAACCCCUCACAGUUCUCUCCUGCGACUGCCAUGGGCCAAGAGACCGAGCUGUCUGCUCUCCUGUAUCCUCCUCUGGCCACCUACAUCAAAAGCCUGUCUCACGACUCAGACAGCUCCAGCCACACGCAGACAUCUCUGGACACAACUGUUGACUACAUCUCAUCCCACGGCCAGGUGAAUCUGGACAACUAUGAUCAAGAGGAUGAGGAGGAGUUUCCGGAGAUGCAGUUUUUCCCCAGUCUCAGCAUCCUCAUGGAGCCUGUGGGGUUUGGAGGGAAGCUUACUUUGGACGCAGUGAAAAUUGACUGCAGUGACUUCUUUCAGAAUGCUUAGAGUUAUCCUGAAAACUAAACUCCUCUCCAAAUUGAACUCUCAGCUGAGAUGUGCAUGAACUACCUCCUUUGCUUUUUGAAAUCACAAAGAACUGCCUCCCUGAAAACGAAGCUUCAGUUGAGCAGAAAUACUUUCAUGCAUUACAAUUGUUUUCUAAUGGAACGUCUAUGGACACACUAAGCAGAACUAAAAUAAAGAGAUAUUGUGCCUUUUGGAUCAGAGGAAAUUGGUUUUAUCUCUAAAUGGCAGAUUUGACUUUUUUUAGUAGGACACAGUCCCAGGACUACGGUGAUCGGGAACUAAGAUGGAGGAAAAAAAUAUAUAGCGUGCGCACGAAAUACUAAUUUAUUCCGACGUAAUACAAAUUUGUGCCCACAAAGUAGGCAUCAAGUGGCCUGUGUUGCGGAAGAUUUGUAACUCAAAAGUGAUGGAGCUCAGUCUACGAAGGGUGUGUAAAUGUGUAUGUGUGCAUACGUGUGGUAGUUCUUUGCACUGUCAGACUGGGACCCCAAAGAAGAGUGCAGAGAGAGAAAAAGAGUGUGCAUGCAGUUGUGUGUUUUGGCAGUAUGCACAAUGGCGACCGGGGAGGAGGUUCAGCUGGCCACGGUACAUUUAACCUGCAAUUAGUGUGCAGUACAGUUAUUAAAAACUCUGCUGCUUCAGCAAUCCGGUCCCUUCAUCAUUAUAGAAGUCUCACCCCCCGUGACACGCAAGUACAGGGAAUAAACCCUGAAGUGAACAACCAUUUUGGCUCUGGAGGAAGCAUCUCCCCUGUGUUUCCUGACCAUGGUAAAGAAACGGAAGCAGGAAGGAUUAACACCUGGCUCUCAAUAUUCUAUUCAAAUGCCUCUCACUAAUGAAAAUUCCUUGCAAUGCCAGGCUUUUCAGAAUCUCUUACAGCUCUUCCCCAGCCUAAAAUUAAACUCGAUCAGACUAUCCCUGUCCAUCCAGUUGUUUUGUUCCUCCGUAUGUUUGAGAAAGUGCGCUGUUUUAGUUUUUCGUACACUUUAUACCUAUGUCGUGGGAACGAAUUAGUAUUUCGUGCACACAUUAUGUAUAUUUCGGGGCACAAAUUAAUAUUUUGUGGGAACGAAUUAGUAUUUCACGCGCACGCUAUAUAUUUUUUUCCCCAUGUCAGUUCCCGGACGCCGUACAGAACAGAAUCAUCAUCUAUUAUGAAUUUUAGGAUUUACACACUUUUUUUCUUCCUCUUACAUGUUUAGAUGUCUUCUAUUCAUAAAGUCUAUCUCAUGAAACAUUAGUUUCUUGAAAUUGCUGUAAGUAAACUGCCAUGCUUUCAUUCUACCUCAAUGUGGAUGCAAAAUUGAUCAAAUUAAAAUAUUAUUCAGUUCAA